UAUUAGUUCGUUCGGAUCUGGAAACGGCCACACUACUUAAAAUUGUUUUGGUGCCCACGCAAAUUGUUUUGCAAAAACAAAAUGCCGGCCCCCGCCACGGAAGUUGCACGCCCGCGGGGGGAUGACGCAGAUAAUUUGGUUCUUUGUAUGGUAUGUGCCGCUCCCUUCCAAAGUAUGCAGGACUGUUUGGCUCAUGAACUGCUAAAGCAUGCCAGCAAGCCGCAAAAGCAACUGCGCCAGCGAUUGAACGCCAUCACCAAGUUGUUCACUAGCGCACAAACCCAAUCCGAGCGCAAUGAGCUGCGGGAAGAGCUUGAAAAGUCUGCACCCGGUGGCCACCUGCGCACGGUAUUGAAUUUCUACGCUAGUGAUCUCCGGAAGAUGGAAAUCUGCUUCGGUCAUGUGCGUAAUUGCAUAGAAAAGGAGAUGAAGGGCAGGGUUAGGGUGUUUCCCUUCGGCUCCCUGGUCACUGGUUUGGCCUUAAAGGAAAGCGAUAUAGAUUUGUACCUGCAGCCCUGCGGUGAGCAGCCUCCCUUGGUCCACAAGCAGCUAUACAACAAGGUCUCAUACUUUUUGCGGCGCUCCAAGUGCUUUGCGGAUAUUUACACAAUUCGUCACGCACGUGUGCCCAUCAUUCGAUGCAAACAUCAGCUAACAGGACUCAACAUAGACAUCAAUAUUUCCAAUCCAAAUAGCACAUACAAUUCUCGGUUUGUGGGCGAACUGAUGUUCCGCGAUGAGCGCCUCCGCGAUCUGAGCCUUUUCCUGAAAAUUUGGGCUAAGAAACUUAAAUUGAUUGUCCAUGGCAGCAUGUCUAGCUAUUGCCUGGUCACCAUGAUCAUCGUAAGCUUGCAAGUUCAUCAACUGCUGCCCUCCGUGAAGCAGCUGCAGUCGCUUUGCCCACCGAUUAAUAUUUCCGGUGUUAACUACGCCUAUAGUUUGGACCUCUCAUCGCCGAUUCCAGCACGGAUGACCACGUUGGAGCUAAUCAAAAAUUUCUUCGUCUACUACAGCACUGUGAACUUUGAAAAGUGUGUACUUAGUCCGUUCCUGGGCGGUUGCCUGGACAAGGAGACUACGCUGGGCACGCCAGGCGGAUUUCCCGAGUACGACGAGCAAAUGCAACUGAUGCACGACGCAACAGGUGAGCCGCCGGAAGCUUUUCAGCUGUAUAGGGCCAUGUGCGUGCAGGAUCCCUUCGAGUUGCAGCACAACGUGGCCAAGUCAGUGGCUCCAUCGAGUCUGUGUUAUUUCAGACAAUGCCUAGUACUGGCAGCUCAAGCAUGCUGCGAUCGGGAAUUAAUUUCGCAGCCACAGAAGCUAUAUGACUACCUAUUGUUUGGCUUGGCCGAUAAACUGGUGUCUGACAGAUUGGUAGCGGAUAAAAAAGCUGAGAGGAUCACACCACGAAAGCAGCAAAAAAUAGAAGUUGUCCAAACAAAACAACCGAUCGCUGAGUCGCCCACAGAAACCAAAGUCGAUGUGGUCGGACUGUAUAAUGCGCCGCCCAUCGUGCGAUCACACGUGAUUACACCGAGUACCAACGAUCUUAAGUGCUUGCGAUCGGUAGUGAUGGUCCACAAUAAAACGGACGAGGUCCGAACGAUUUACUACUACUGGUUGGCCUGCUACGUGGACACCAUCAAGGAUGUGCUAACAAAACUCUACGCUUUGGAUAUCGAGUUGAAGGAGUCCGAGGAGCCGGGGUACUACAAGUGGCUCAUCAGCACCUCGUACGACACUUGGACAGGUCGCUCUUUUCACCGGGGAGCUGGUCAGUCGUUCUUUGCGCACCAACUGCAGCAAACCAUUGAGUUUACAAAAACGCGAGUGAGUGAUCCACAAUACGCUGUCGAUCUGCGUGGUUUCAUCUCGCUGCUGGCCAGCGAGGAUUACAAGGAGCUGCGCCUGGAUGUCCAGCCACUAUCCGGCGAUCUCCUCGGACUUCAGCGCAAUAGUCCGUUGACUAAGCUUUUCAAAGCGUUCAAGAAUCUGCUGGGCAACUACAGCUUCAAGGAGAAGGCUAGCACGUGGGAGUUCUGCGCCAAAUCCGACCUUAACUGACAACUUUACUACACGUAAUCUCAUUCGUAUUUAAUAUUUAGAUUUUAAUGCCAAAUUAAAUAGAUGUUUCAAGUACUGGA